AUGAGUGAGCAAGAAAGGAGAAGUCAAGAUUCGACGGAAAAAUUGCGUGUUUCUCCGAAUCUUACUAACAUUGAAGGAAGAACGAAGAUAUUACUCACAGUAAAAGCUGCUUUUAGACUCUAUAAGCAAUAUGCAAGUGAAAGACAAAAGCAAACUAUACUACGCUCACUUCGAAAUCAGUCACUAAUAUCUUGCUUCAAGGAAGAUUUGGAUGCUGACGAUGUUUGCGAAGAAUGUAGUGAUGAAGUAUAUAUUCGACAAAAAAUAAUUAUGAAUAUUAUUAAGUAUACUAAUGUAAUUCAACGCGACACAUUUGUUACGCGAAUACAUUUACGAAAUAUAUUAGAAACAAUAAAAAAGAAUAAAGAAGCAUCUGAAUCUAAAGCAUCAUUUCAAAUUGCACCUCCUAGGAUCAUAUUUGAAGAUUACUUAAUAUGGAAUAAUGAGUGUAUUCCUUGUUCGCAAUUUUUACGAACUACAGAAGCAGAUAUUGAAACACAUGAACCAAUAAUUGCUGAUGUAUUGAUAUUUAUAAUAGCAAAUUUACGUCAAAUUGUUUCAUGUAACAAAGAUGUGUGCAAACAACUGAAUAGCUUACUACAUAUUUAUCGUAGUUUUAUGACAACUAUGGGGGGUAACAUAACGGUAUGUCACAAAAUUGUAGAAAUUUAUCGUCAGAGACAAUCACUGGAUUAUAGUGAUUGCCCAAUUUUCCAGUACUCAAUACUACUUAAGCAUAUGAUGAAAGCAUGGACUUCAGUGAAUGCAUACGUAGAAAUGGUAAUUUGCUUGCUCACUUCCGCAAAUUGGGAUGCAAAACGUGAUAUAAGUUAUUUUGAUGAUAAUGGAACUGAGAAAGUAGAAGUAGAAGUAGAAGAUGAGGCCGCAGAUCAACCUGGAACAAGCUCUGUUAAAUAUGUUGUCAAAAAAUCUAGCACAUCAGAAGUUAAGAAGGAUGAUACAAGUCCUAAACUUCCCUCAAAGCCAACUUGCAAACAUGUCUUUAGAAGGGUAAAACUGAGAGCAGAUGGUCAGUCAGCAAGUGAAUGUACUGGUCCUCCACUACCAACUCAGAAAUCUCAUGGAAGAACUGACAGUAACACCACACUACCACCAAAAGUGCAUUAUUGUUUGGAACAUGGAGUUGCAUUCGUACCGAUAGAAACGCCAAUAAUGGAAAUAAAAGUGGACUCCGAGCCUACAGCUGAAUCAGAAGUAAAAGUAAAAACAGAUUCAAAGCCAUCAUGUGAUUCUGAUCACGGAAGUGAAGCAAGGGAGCGACAAAGAGAAACGUCAGUACAUGAAAGUGAAGAAAGUGACGUCGAACAAGAAACAGUAAUAUCAACUCCGAGAGGCGGCAAAACUUCACGUAACGGGAAAGGGAAAGGAAAAAAACGAGUAAAAUUUUAUUCAAUAAUUGAAAUAAUGCAAUUAUUAAAAUUAAAAAAAUUUACUACUUAUGAUAUUAAGCACUCGAAAACUAUUUUUUAUACCACUGAUUUUUUAAUAAUUGCAUUUUUUAUUUGUAAUUUAUAA